GCAUUAGCUAGUGCUGCCUUAAGAUUGGCCGCAUCGCCCCUCUUGAAGAAGCUCCUUGCUGAUGCUUCAACAUACCUUGGAGUGGACAUGGCGCGUGAAUUCCAUCAACUGGAGACCACUAUCAUACCGCAGUUCGAGCUAGUGGUUGAAGCAGCCGACAAGGGAAAUCACAGGCCCAAGUUGGACAAAUGGCUUCAAGAACUCAAGGAUGCCUUCUAUAUGGCUGAAGACUUGCUAGACGAGCAUGAGUACAACCUCCUCAAGCGCAAAGCAGACGGGAAGGAUUCUAUGCCGCCUAAUGACUCUUCCAUUAGCAGCAUAUUUAUGAAGCCUCUACAUGCUGCAUCAAGCAGGAUGUCCAAUAUGAGAUCAGAUAACAGAAAUUUACUUCGCCAUCUCAAUGAACUUAAGGCUACCCUAGCGAAAGCUAAGGACUUUCACGAACUGCUGUGCUUACCAAUUGGUUAUAAUGCAGAGAACCCCACCAUACCAUCAUCCAUUGUUCAUGUGGCUACAUCACUGCCACCUCUGAAAGUGAUCGGUCGUGAUAAGGAUCGUGAUCAUAUAAUAAAUCAUCUUACCAAGACAACUGGUACUGCUGAGUCUAGGACUGCUAUGUACUCCGGAUUGGCCAUUGUUGGAGUUGGAGGCAUGGGAAAGUCCACUUUGGCACAACUUGUUUACAAUGACAAGCGGAUAAAAGAAUUUUUUGAUGUGACGAUGUGGGUAAGCAUCUCACGCAAACUUGAUGUUCACCGUCAUACACGGGAGAUCAUCGAGUCUGCUUCUCAAGGGGAGUGCCCACGCAUUGAUAACCUUGAUACACUUCAGCGUAGGUUGAAAGACUUACUGCAAGAAUCCGGAAAAUUCCUGCUUGUUUUGGAUGAUGUUUGGUUUGAACCUGACAGUGGAAGGGAAUGGGACCAACUAUUAGCUCCUCUAGUUUCCCAACAAACAGGAAGCAAAGUUUUGGUAACCUCUCGAAGGGAUACAUUUCCAGCUUCUCAUUGUUGUGCGGAAGUGUGUCCUCUGGAAAACAUGGAAGACGAUCAAUUCUUGGAACUCUUCAAACACCAUGCAUUUUUUGGACCAGAAAUUCAAAAUCCACGGUUGCGUGAAAAGCUAGAAAAAAUUUCAGAGAAGAUUGCUAAAAGGCUUGGACAAUCUCCUUUGGCGGCAAAAGUUGUGGGUUCCCAGUUGAAAGGGAAAACAAGUAUCACUGCUUGGAAGGAUGCUCUAACUAUAAAUAUUGACAAAUUAGGUGAGCCCAUUAGAGCUCUACUGUGGAGUUAUGAGAAGUUAGAUCCAUGUAUGCAGAGGUGCUUUCUAUAUUGCAGCUUGUUUCCAAAAGGCUACAAGUAUGGCAUUGAUGAGUUGGUUCAACUUUGGAUGGCAGCGGGACUUGUUGAUUCGUGCAACAAAAACAAGAGAGUGGAAGACAUUGGGAGAGAAUGCUUCAAGGAGAUGAUGUCGGUUUCAUUCUUUCAACCAGUACAUGACGAUUACACACCCAUGUACUGUGUUAUCCAUGAUCUCCUUCAUGAUCUGGCAGAAUCACUAUCCAAAGAGAACUAUUUCAGAUUGGAAGAUGAUAGCAUAACAGAAAUACCAUCCACCAUCCGACACUUGUCUGUUAGCGUCGGUAGUUUGAAGGAACACAAGCAAAUUAUCUGCAAGCUUCGUCAUUUACGUAGUAUUAUCUGCAUAGCCCCCCUAAUGGAUGAUGUAAGUUACCUUUUCAAUCAUAUACUGCAGAAUUUGAAGAAGUUGCGCGUACUAUAUUUGUCAUCUUAUAGCAGCAGUAUGUUGCCAGAAUCAAAAGCAUUGUGUCAAAUUCCUAACAUUGGCAAGCUAACUUCACUUCAACAAUUUGAGGAAUUUUCUGUGCAAAAGAAAAAAGGUUAUGAGUUAGAACAACUGAGGUAUAUGAAUGAGAUCCGUGGCAGUUUAAGUGUCACAAAUCUUGAGAAUGUCAGUACGAAGGAUCAAGCCCUAGAAUCGAAGUUGUAUCAGAAAAUUCAUCUUGGCAGCUUGCAACUUGUCUGGAGUCACAUUUAUAACACAAAUGAAGAGGAUAAUUUACAUUUGGAGAUUCUAGAAGGCUUGAUACCACCACCUCAACUUGAAGAUCUUACAAUUCACGGUUACAAAUCUUCAAAAUACCCAAGUUGGUUACUUGAUGGUUCGUAUUUUGAGAAUUUGGAAUCUUUGAGCUUUGUUAAUUGCAGCACAUUACAAAGCCUACCAUCCAAUUCUGGGCAACUUGACAAUUGCACUUCACUUUUACUCGACAAUAUGCCAAACCUGAAGGCAUUACCUUGUCUUCCGCUAGGACUUGAAAUACUGAAAGUAUACAAAUCCCCAUUGCUUAUAUUUAUAUCCAGUGAUGAGAUGGAACAUCAUGAUCAGAGAGAGAAUAUUAUGAUAGAGCACUUGGCAUCAAUGCUUGAUUUAAUUUGGAAGGUGCAUUCCAGAUCAGAUAUUACAAGUGUACUCACAAAGGAACAAUCAUUUAUGAUGCAGUUGGGGAUAGUGAUGCAUGCUAAUUUGUCAAAUAUUCGGAACCUUAAAGGUGCUCUAGGAAUACAGGAUGACGAAAAAUUUAGAAACAAUUAUCUUAUCGAUGCAUGGAUAGACAGUCACAAGCAAAGGAUCAGACUCAUGUAUGAAAGGGGCAUUGGGUUGUCGCUGGUUCCACCAACAGGGCUUCGUGAACUGACUCUUUCAUCAUGCAAUAUUACAAAUGGAGCUUUAGCAGUUUGCCUUGAUGGCCUAGCAUCACUUAAAACAUUGGUCUUAGAGCAGAUUAUGACUUUAACUACACUUCCUUCAGAAGAGGUCCUCCAACACUUGACAAAACUUGACCGCUUGUUCAUCAAAUAUUGCUGGUGUCUCAGGUCAUUAGGGGGUUUACGAGCUGCUACCUCUCUUUCAGAUGUUAAAUUGAUUUCCUGCCCUUCUUUAGAGUUGGCAUGUGGAGCAGAAUGUUUGCCAUUAUCCCUUCAGAGCCUGAGUAUAGACAAGUGUGUGCUUGCAGCUGACUUCCUGUGUGCUAAUUGGUCACACAUGCAUGAUAUUGAAAUAAGAAAAUGUAGAAGCGCCACAUGCUUGUCUGUUGGUAGUCUUACCUCUCUUAAAUCACUCUCACUGGAGCACUUGCCAGAUUUAUGUAUGCUCAAAGGAUUGUCUUCACUGGAACUUCACCAUGUACAAUUGAUUGAUGCUUGGAAACUCAACCUCAUGUGUAUCUCACAGUUUCGUGUCCAGUACUCAUUCGUUGUGAGCAGCUCUAUAAUACUCAACAACAUGCUCACGGCAGAAGGCUCCACGGUUCCAGCAUUUCUCUCUCUUGUAUCAUGCAAUGAACAAUUCGUUUCAUUCGAAGCAUCCGCAAAUUUCACAUUUGUCAAGAGGCUUACGUUCCGGGAUUGUCUAAUGUUUUCCCUGCCAUAUCUGAAGUGCUUCUCCAAUUUGGAGCAUCUAGAUAUCUAUGACUGCCCCAACAUAUCAUCUUUACCAGAUCUGCCAUCCUCCCUCCAGCUCAUAAGCAUACGUUCUUGUGGUGAGCACUUGAUGGAAAGCUGCCAAGCACCUCAUGGAGAAAGUUGGCCAAAGAUCGCGCAUAUUCGCUGGAAGCUAUUUGAAUAA